AACACCCAAAUCAAUUCAUUGUCAAUCCUUCCAAUAUCAACGUGUUCAAACUCAUCAAAAUCCAUCACUCAUAUCCAAAAACAAAGGCUGGUAAUAUGUGUUUGAAAGAGAAAGGAAAAUUAUAGAAAUGAGUGGAAAUAGCUGCAACAUCAAUCACAUUCAACACUGCCGCAAAUCGAUCUACGUCGCCGUUACCGUCAUAUUUGAUCAGAGCACCGCCGCGAGCAGCUCCUUCCUCCAGCAACCACCACGUGCACUACCAAUUCCGUCUGGAUUGAGGUUUUUCAUUUCCACUGUUACUCAAAAUCCCAGAGCUCCAAUCUUCGGUUUCCACUCUACCAUGUCCAUCGUUUCAACCGAAAAUGAAACCACCUCUGAGAAAAUACGUCAUCCUUUGCAGGUUGCAAAACAGCUAGAGCAGUUCAAAACAACAAUCUUCACUCAAAUGAGUAUGCUUGCCAUCACACAUGGUGCUAUAAACCUUGGUCAGGGCUUUCCCAACUUUGACGGUCCAGAAUUUGUAAAGGAAGCAGCAAUUCAAGCAAUCAGGGAUGGGAAUAAUCAGUAUGCAAGGGGUUUUGGAGUUCCAGAUCUCAACAUUGCAAUUGCUGAGAGAUUCAAGAAAGAUACUGGACUAAUUGUAGAUCCUGAUAACGAAAUUACUGUUACAUCUGGUUGCACAGAAGCAAUCGCUGCAACUGUAUUAGGAUUAAUAAAUCCCGGUGAAGAGGUUAUUCUGUUUGCUCCUUUUUAUGAUUCUUAUGGUGCCACUUUAUCCAUGGCUGGUGCAAAUAUAAAAAGCAUUACUCUGCGCCCUCCAGAUUUCGCUGUCCCGAUUGAUGAUUUGAAGUCCACCAUCUCAAAGAAUACUCGUGCCAUUCUUAUAAAUACCCCUCACAAUCCUACCGGAAAGAUGUUCACUCGAGAGGAGCUCGAUUCUGUUGCAUCUCUUUGCAUUGAAAAUGAUGUUCUGGUUUUCACUGAUGAAGUGUAUCAUAAGUUGGCAUUCGAUAUGGAGCACAUUUCAAUUGCUACUUUGCCUGGAAUGUUCGAGCGGACGGUGACAAUGAACUCAUUGGGGAAGUCAUUCUCCUUAACGGGGUGGAAGGUUGGAUGGGCCAUAGCGCCUCCACACUUAAUGUGGGGAGUGCGACAGGCACACACUUAUAUCGCUUUCUCAAUUUCCCAUCCUUUGCAGUGUGGGGCUGCAGCAGCACUUAGAGCACCAGAUUCUUACUAUGUGGAGCUAAAGAGGGACUAUAUUGCAAAGAGAGCUAUUUUGGUUGAAGGGUUGAAGGCUGUUGGGUUCAAGGUAUUCCCAACCAAUGGAACCUUUUUUGUGCUUGCAGAUCACACCCCUUUCGGACAUGAAAAUGAUGUUGCAUUUUGUGAAUAUCUAAUUAAGGAGAUUGGUGUGGCGGCAAUACCUUUAAGUGUAUUUUACUUGAAUCCAGAAGAGGGAAAGAAUCUAGUCAGGUUUACUUUCUGCAAGGACGAGGAAACUAUUAAGGCUGCUGUUGAAAGGAUGAAGGAGAAGCUUAGUAAAUAAUCUCUAUACAUGAUCAUGUCAUGUGAUACAUAUAUAAAUAAAGACAUUUUCCUUUCUAGUAUCCCAAAGAUAUAAUUGGUGUAAUUUCUGCUAUCUUCUUCCCCUGAAUGUCAAUGUUUUGGUGGGUAUGUGCUGGUUUGUUCUGUAGUGAGUGCACAGACUCAGCACCGCAUCAAUAGUUUGAAUUUGUUUUCCUUAGUUGUAGCAUAUGUAUAGGCUCCCCUCUUAUCACUUUGUUGUAUAUGCACUUAUAAAUUAAUAAUGUAGAGUGAGAUUAUUCCAGCAUUACUAUGGAAAUAGAGUGAGAUUAUUCUGCUAUAUGUUCAUCAUCAGAAGGUUUUAUAUGUUACUAAGAGCUUCAGAUUUGAA